UCUGAAUUUCAAAAUUUAUCUUCAGGUGUACAUAUCUUAAACUCAAAGUAUGUACACCUGAAGACGGAUUUUACGUUUUACUGUACCCAAGUAUAUUUAUAGCAAAAUUAUAUGAAUUUAAGUAUCUAUGAACGUUCAUAAUUUCAGGUGUCAAAAAUUUUUCUUACGAAAAGUAGAACUUGGAGAAAAUAUAGCAAAAAACCAGGCAUUGAUGGAAAAUGUGUUUAUGAUGACAGUGUGUAUUGAACUGCGAAUUCCAUUGUUUUUGAUUGGAAAACCCGGUAGCUCAAAGUCUCUUGCAAAAACAAUUGUUGCUAAUGCCAUGCAAGGCCGAUCCUCGCACUCAGACUUCUUUAAACAACUGAAAGAGGUUCAAAUGGUAUCGUUCCAAUGCAGUCCUUUAUCGGUUUCUGAGGGCAUAGUUGCAACAUUUCGUCAGUGUGCUCUGUAUCAAAAAGAUAAAAAUCUAGACAAAUUUGCAUCGGUUGUUGUACUUGAUGAAGUUGGACUUGCCGAGGAUUCUCCAAAAAUGCCCCUGAAGGCUCUACAUCCUUUAUUAGAAGAUGGAUGCAUUGGAAAUGAUGUCCCAGAACCACAUAAAAAGCAUUUUGUACGAGACCUGGACAUUCCGGAUCCUUUGAACCCCCGAGAAGUCCUGUACAGAGGCCGGACCAAUGACAGGCGAUUAUAUUGUGAGGAAGGGGACAUGAGAUAUGUGGACGUCUGUUCCUUAUACCCUUACGUGUUAAAACACAGACCUUUUCCUCUGGGGCAUCCUGAGAUCAUCACAGACGAGUUCCAGGAG